UAGAUAUGUAGUAUGGCAGCCGCACAGCCUCCAUCUGCGCGAAAUGUCUCACUUGCCUGCUGGCGCCCGCUCGAGGCUAUGCGCAAGACAUUUCUUUUUUCGCAAACGCCUUGCCUCCGCCUGGUGAAGUGCCUUGCAGUUGUAAGUGGGUGACGUCUGUCCAGCUUGCGCGACACCUUCUUCACAACUCACUACCACGACCAAGGGGAUCCGCAUCAACGAGACGAGUUGUUUCGCAGUCUUGAACACUACAGCAAGACGCCAGGUCCCGUUACCGGCCAUUUCCUGGGUAGCGCUCCGAACCUCAAUCAAAAGACAGAGCCCGAAAUCAUCAGACCAUCACCACCACCACGUAGCAAGCCAAGAUGGUCUUUACCGUCUCCUUUGGCGAUGCCUACACCAUGGCCAAGAUCGCCUUCCGCAUCGGCCAGGCCUUCACAAAGGGCAAAAAGUCGGCCCCAGCCGAGUUCCGCGAGGUCGAGUCCCAGCUGUACUCGCUCAGCGCCGCCCUCAACGCCUUCUCUAACGCGCGCCGCUCCAGCGACAACGCCGCGCCCCUCAUCGUCGACCGCACCCAGCUGCCCGCCAACGUGCCCUCCCACUUCUCCAACAACCAGGACAUCAUCCUCGGCAUGCUGGCCAGCUGCCAGGAGACGCUCGCUCACCUUGAGGCUAUCGUCAACAAGUACGGCGUCAUCACGGCGCCGACUGACGCGAGCCAGCCGCGCAUGAAGCGCUGGGGCAAGGACAUGCUGGCCAACUGGCGCAAGGUGCAGUGGACCACCGAGGGCGGCGACCUCAACACCCUUAGGAGCAACCUCACGAUCCAGACGAACAGCCUGAGUCUCAUCCUGGGAGUUGUCGUCAACUCCCAGGCCGACCGCCUACAGACCGACAUGGACCACAUCUCAACCAUGCUCGGCGAUAUACACGAGUGGUACGUCGAAAAUCUCAAAGGAAAGGCCGGUGCGCCCGGCGUUCUCGGCGGAGUCGCGAAUGCGCCGACAUUCGGCUUGAACUCGACUGCGACAUUUGGCGUCGUCGCGGGGCAGGAUGCCAUCGUGGCCGACGCGGGCCAAGCGGCGGCUCCUCCCAAGCCCCUGUACUUUGAACUACACGAGCAGACGGGACAAAAGUCCAAGGAGCUGUGUCUCAAAGCGUCGUUGAGCAACAAGGUCUCUGGCGCGUAUUACAGCUCGUCGCUGCGAAACAACCAGCUCUUCACCUGCGGCUGCUCCAACUCUUCUGAGGACGCACAUCGCUCUGCCGUAGAGGCAUAUGGGUGUAAGAAUACCCGGGCGGUUGAUUCAUCGAUAUACUAGUCUGACGCAAGCUCAGUGUCUCGUUUCAGCUUUGCAGCGAGGAUCGCCGGCGCCGAGCGCUCGUGGCUGCUCUACAAGGUCUCCAACAGGGUGACGGACCAACUUACAUCGUUGAUCGUCAAGGGCGUACCUCCGGAUGGUAGGUCUUACCAUACACAGGCCAUUCGAAACACAGCCUUUCUGAUUGCAUCGCGUCAGUCAUGCACGACUUUGAGGAGCUGCUGGUACACGGUCUGAGCGUGCUCCAGACGAGGCAGAUGCUCCAGCGCAACAUGAGCACGAUGCUCGCACAUCCCUCCGAUAUGAAUGCAGACAACCCCAAGGCCAAUAUACUGGACCUAGUAAGCAACGC